AUGCUAAACUGGUUGGGCAAGAUACUGGGUCUACCGGAGGAAUUUUUAGCAUGUUCAGAAGGUCAAGCUGGUGGUGUUAUUCAAGGAACGGCCAGUGAGGCUACCCUUGUUGCUCUUCUCGGUGCGAAAGCUAAAGUCAUAAAUCGAGUUCAGGAGGAACAUCCAGAAUGGGAUGAAGCCUAUAUUAUUUCUCGUAUGGUGGGAUACACUUCAAUCCAAUCUCAUUCUUCCAUUGAACGGACCGGAUUGCUCGGAGAAGUCAAACUGUGUUCCCUGAAGGCUGAUCCGAAUCUUCAACUGCGUAGCGAAACUCUCGAGGAAGCCAUCAAGCAAGAUUUGGCCGAUGAACUAAUUCCCUUCUACGCUGUCUGCAUCUUAGGAACAACCAACACGUGUGCUUUCGAUCGUCUCGAUGAAUUUGGUCCGGUAGCCAACAAGUUCAAUGUUUGGCUGCACGUGGAUGCGCCUUACGCUGGAUCAGCCUUUAUCUGCCCAGAGUAUCGUCACUACAUGAAAGGUAUUGAAAUUGCUGAUUCCUUCAAUUUCAACUUCGACUGCAGUGCCAUCUGGCUCUAA